UCCUCACUGAAGGACACGUUCACUGACUCGCUUUAUAAGGACGCCUUAAUGAUGUGCGACCGCUGCCUGUCGUAGUGUGAUCAGCGGGAAGAGACAGAUUGCCUCAGAGAGAGAGAGAGAGAGAGAGAGAGAGAGAGGGAUGCCAGCGAGGAUGUCUGACUGAGAGUGGUGCUGCUGCCUGCCGGAGAGCUGUCAUUUUGGUUAUUUUUAACCCACUAUCCUCGGUUUUUUUCACUGUGUUCCUCAGAGACUCGGGCACCUCUUGGAUGGUGGACUGAUCAGCUGAAUGUCAGCUGCUUGUGGAGCAUGGGUACAACUGCCAGUGCCGCGCCACAGCCUGUUUCCGUAGCGUCGCCACUUGAGAGUGUCCAUGGCAACGGGAUGGCCGACAGCAGGCAGUCUCUCAGCAUGAGCCCCUUUCAGACAGUCAACAUCCACAACAACAAGGCCAAGUCCAUUAUCACCAACAAAGUCGCACCUGUCGUCAUCACGUAUAACUGCAGACAGGAAUUUCAGAUUCACGAUGACAUCCUCAAGACCAACUACAAAGUGGGUCGGAUAUCAGACGCCAUGCCUGAGCACUACCUGGUGCAGGGGGAGUACUUCAUGGUCCAGGAUGUGUACAGCAAGGCAGAUGUCCUCAACACCACGGGCAGCUAUGGAGCACCCAACUUCCGCCAAGUCAAGGGAUCCUACCCGCUGUAUGGGAUGGGUCAGCCAAGCCUGAACGGCUUCAAACACGUUCUCCAGAGGCUCCAGGCGCAAGGACACGAGGAGGUUAUAUUCUUCUGUGUAAGAGAGGAGCCAGUGGUUUUCCUGCACAAGGACGACAACUUUGUGCCAUACACCCCCAGGAGGAAGGAAAACCUACAUGAGAACCUUCAUGGCUUGGAAAAGGAGGAGCUGGUGGAAAGCCUGGAGCUCACUAUCAGGAAGGAGCUCCACGACUUUGCCAAGCUCAACGAAAACGUCUUCUACGUCUACAACGACAUCGAGUACUUUAAAGACGAGCCGCAGAAGAUCUCCAUCACGUGUGAGGAGGACAUCCAUGUGACUGAGGAGGUCUAUAAGAGGCCCAUGUUCACCAUGCCGGCCUACAGGUACUACAGAUUACCACUGCCGAUGGAGGGAGCGCCAUUGGAGGAAGACUUUGACGCAUUUGUUAACAUACUCAGGGAGAGCCCCAGCUUGUCUUUGGGUCACGAUGCGUCCCGGCCUCUACCUGCUCUGCUCUUCAGCUGUCAGGUGGGCGUCGGCCGCACCAACCUCGCCAUGAUCCUGGGCACGCUGGUCAUGAACCGCCUGAGGGGGGAUUCACAGCCACAAGUUGAGGAGUCACCAGCUUCAGAGCCCAAACCACUGUUCCAGGUCAUCCAGUCUCUGAUCGACAAGCUACCUAAUGGACAGCAGAUAAUGGAGGAGGUUGACCAGGCCAUCGCCCUGUGUUCAGAGAUGCACAACAUAAAAGAAGCAAUAUAUGAAAACAAGAGUAAGCUGGAGGGGAUCGGAGAGGAUUAUCAAAUUCAGGGAAGCAGUACCAAAGACUACUUUCUCAACAGAACCAUGCAGAGCUUGGAGUGCUACUUCUACUUGAUUGUGUUUAACGCGUACCUUCAUGAACAGUAUCCUCUUGCUUUUGUGUCCAACUUCAGCCAGUGGAUGUGCUGCCACGCAUGGUUGUACAGGUUACUGGCCCGCAUGAACCUAUCAGAGCUGUCGGCUACGGCUGAGCUGGUCACCAGAGGAGCUCGCGUCUUGGUCGCCGAUGAGUGUUUGGCUCCUGACGUGCUGAGCACGGUGAAGGAGAUGAAGGCGGUCAACUUCAGACGAGUGCCCAAGAUGCCUGUUUACGGCGUGGCCCAGCCGACAUCAGAGGCUACCGGGGCCGUUUUGGCCCAUCUGACGGACGAGAAGAGGAAGCACAGCCACGUGCUGUGGGUCAACUUGCAGGAGGAGCUGGUGCUGGAAGGGAAUGGGCAGAUUUUUACACCGAGGGAGCCCUCAUGCCUCGACCAGCACAUUCCCAUCCCGUCGUCUGACACGCAGCUAAUAGAGAAACUGGAGACGUCUCUGAAGGAGGAGAUCCUGCGAGCUCAGAAGUGGCUCGAGGUGACGCUGGAGCAGGAGAAACAGAUGAAGAUGUUUAAGAGCUGCCUGACGGUGCAGGAGAUCUUCAACCAGCACAAGAGCUCACACCAGGGCCUCGUCAGCAAACGCAUCCCCCUGCCGGACUGCAGCGCGCCCAGGGAGGAGGACUUUGAUAAGCUGUUGGAGGCCAUGAAGAGUGCCUUGGCUGAGGACUCUCACUCAGCCUUCGUCUUUAACUGCUCCAACGGCAAAAGCAGGACCACAACAGCCAUGGUUGUCUCUGUUCUGACUCUCUGGCACUUUAAUGGUUUCCCAGAGUUCAGUGAUGAUGAAAUUGUGAGUGUUCCUGAUGCCAAGUACACAAAGGGAGAAUUUGAGGUGGUGAUGCAGCUGGUGCGUCUGCUCCCUGACGGCCACAGGAUGAAGAGGGAGGUGGACAUGGCCCUGGACUCUGUCAGCGAGACCAUGACCCCCAUGCACUACCAUCUGCGGGAGAUCAUCAUCUGCACGUACAGACAGAUCAAAAGUGGCAAGACAGAGAAGGAGUGUCAGCAGCUGCUGCUGAGGAGCCUGCAGUACCUGGAGCGCUACAUUUACCUCAUCCUCUUCAACACGUACCUGCAUCUAGAGAAGAAAGACUCGUGGCAGCGCUCCUUCACUCUCUGGAUGGAACAGGUGGCUGCCAGAGCCGGAGUUUAUGACAUCCUCAACCAGCUGGGCUUCUCCGAGUUUGAAAACCCGAGGGACACGCCGCUGGCCAGGCUGCGCUGCCGCUGGCAACAGCAGAACAUUCAGCCACUUCCUUUCCGAGGGGAGUUCAUCUGAGAGAGAGGAUUACUGUGAACGCACCAAUCCAGUACUGUGCUUUUCAGAAUAAAAGACAUUCACAUUAACAUUAUUAAGCCUUCUAUAUCUACCCCUGUAUUAUGCAUAUCUCUACUUCAUCUAUUGUUUGUGCUUUUCAAAAAACACACUAGUGAUGUUAACAUUUUUUAGGUGUUUUAGUGUUACCAGAAUGUUGCUCCUAUAUUAGAAGUUGAUAUUUGUGCCUUUGCUUUUUCUAUGAAUGGUAGAAGAUAGAAUUUCAUUGUACUAAUAUUUAUGUUGCUUUUUUCAAGUUAAGGUUUCUUUAUUAAGAGCUCUCAGUUUUGAAGAUGAGACGACCUUUUGAUGCUUCUGUUGGAACAAGGCGAGUUAAAUGCUGUUAUGGAGGAGAGGAGCAAAUUCCACUGUGUGGUCAGCCAACAAUUUUGGAUGUAUGUCACAACUGUUUGCUGUUGCGUGACCUGAUAUUUUUCUUAAGCCCUGUUCUUUUCUCCUCAGCACAGCUGCCUGCAGCGGCUGUGCGUUUACUCGUCUUGAGGUUUUCCACUUUUGAGAUGGUUUCCUGUGUACAUAUGAAAGCUGUUGUUAUUUAAACAUGUCUUUAAGUUUUCUAAAGCAGAGUGGAUGCUGUUAAGAGGAGUUUUGCGCAACAUGCUGUCUGUUAAGGUUCUUUAGCUAACACCAUUCAUGUGCUCAUCUGUUUCUUUUUGCAUUUAUUUACACGUCAUGAUACAGGUACUAACAGUACAGCAUGUCAGGAUCUUUUAUGUUAGUUUGAUUUUACUUAAAGCUGUAAAUGUGUUUUUGUAUUUGCGUUUGUAUACAUUGCAAAUGCACACUUCUUUUAUUAUCUUUUUUUUUAAGUCCCAUGAAAUGCUAACAUCACUUCCUUAACGUGAUGUGAAGAACCAGAGAUAUCUCUUCUUCCUUGUCAAAACCUGGCGCUUACGUUAUCCACAAUGAUGCAACUCGACCGUUGACAGCUUGACCGGAGAUUUGUGUGUUGUGGUAGUAGUAGGGCAAGUGACAUCCCUUUAUAAAUAUACACUUUAAAGGAAAACUUCACCCUACAAGUGAUCGUUCGCAUAUCAGUUACUCACCUUUUGUUGCGCUGAAUUCUUGAAAAGAACUUUGUUUUUCUCGCAUGCCUUCACAGUGAAUGAAGAAAACAAAAACAGAGGAAAUUCAUAAUGAAUUGAAGUCAUAGGGGUCCACGUUUAACAACAGCAAAACUGUAUCCCAACAUCUGUUUACAUACUCGUACACAACUUGUGCAUUAUAAUCCAGCUGUCAUGUAUGUAAUCAUACGUUCGGUGCCAAGCCACAACAGUCUCAAAAAUGUCCAGUUGGACCAAAAACCCAUUUCCCUGAUUGCCUGUUUUCCCAAAAACAAAAGUCCUGUUUCUCGGAAAAUACACACUCCCUGCAGUUAAUUUCAGCUUCCGUGUUUAAGCCAUCAGUCCUGGGUGUUGUCGCAAACCCUUGGCAGCAUUUCACUACCACUAAACCUGAGUGUUUUUCACUCAGCCCUGCUUUUCCAACAACUGUUGUACCACCAAGCACGAAUGUUUGAAACCGUAACAUGAUCUUUUCCUUACCAUAACCAUGUCGUGUUUUUGUUUUUAAACCUAGACACAUAUUCACUACAGUGUUGUUGAAACAUAUGUUGAGACAUAUCUGUGGUUCACAGAAACAUACAAUGCUAACAUUUUUCCUGCAGAGUGUGUAUAUUUUUAGAGAAACAGGUCUACGGAGCAAUGGGAUUUUGCUUUGUGGAUAACAGUCUGUUAGAGAAAUGGACUUUUGGUCCAAUGGGACAUUUUUUCGAACUGAUUGGGCUUCAGAAUUUUGCGCCGUUGGAACAGAGAGCACUUUCUGACGUGAAACUGAACUGACAGUGAAACUUACCCAUGCUCUCUUUUUAAAGCCAAGCUUUAUUGGCAAAAACAGCAGUUUUACCUCGCUGAACACGGGAGCUGCUGGUCUACCGCUGCCUCGAUUUGUAGUUUGUUUGUGUUACUGUGUGACUUUGGUGAAUCCGAACUUAACCCUUUGAAACACCAAAGUCCCACGACAUGUAGGCACCUGUAGACCAGCAGCUUCUGUGUUCAGUAAAAAUUAAUAAAUUCAACGCAACACAUGGUGAGUAAUUAAUAUACAAAUGAGUUUUGGGGCGGAAGAAGACAUAAAGCAGCUUGAUCCACUGAUCACGACAGUAAGUAAUAAUCGCAAUAUCAGCCAAUCGACAAGCAACAAUCAGGGUUUUUUUGUCCAACACAUGCCAAUCAUUGCUUAGCGUGCCUACUUUGAAGAAAAACUUUUACUGUACAUUAUUUCUUUAAAAGUCUUAAUUCGUCUUUUUUUUAUGUUGUUAUUCUUAAAUUUGCUAAUGUGUUGAGUUGUAACUUGUAGCUCAAAGUGUGCUUAAAAAACAUGAAUCCUGCCUUAAAACCAGAAAGAUAAGCCUGAAAAGAAAUUAAAAUUCCUUCCUCCAGAUGCCUCUCAUUGCAAUUUUUUCUUUUCUGUUGAUGUGUCAAAACAUUUGCACUGUAUAUAAUUGAUUCAGACUAAAGGAGCAAAAGGUUAAUAAUAAAUGGAAAUUGAAAUAGCUUUUUUGUGUGACGGAGAAUAUCACAAAUCU